CCGGGCUCCGAGCGAGCUGUCACUUCGGUCUCGGCUGGAGCCCGAGGACGCAGGGAGAGUCUGCCUCCAGGAGACUCCAGGCUGCAGGCACUGCCAUGGCCACUGUGCUGAGCAAGGACGCGGCGGACAUCGAGAGUAUCCUGGCUUUAAAUCCUCGAACACAAACUCAUGCAACUCUGCAUUCUACUUUGGCCAAGAAAUUAGACAAGAAACAUUGGAAAAGAAACCCUGAUAAGAACUGCUUUAAUUGCGAGAAGCUGGAGAAUAAUUUUGAUGACAUCAAGCACACGACUCUUGGUGAGCGAGGAGCUCUCCGAGAAGCAAUGAGAUGCCUGAAAUGUGCAGAUGCCCCCUGUCAGAAGAGCUGUCCAACUGAUCUAGAUAUCAAAUCAUUUAUCACAAGUAUUGCAAACAAGAAUUAUUAUGGAGCUGCUAAGAUGAUUUUUUCUGACAACCCACUUGGUCUGACCUGUGGAAUGGUUUGUCCAACCUCUGAUCUUUGUGUAGGUGGAUGUAAUUUAUAUGCCACUGAAGAGGGACCAAUUAAUAUUGGUGGAUUGCAGCAGUUUGCUACUGAGGUGUUCAAAGCAAUGAAUAUCCCCCAAAUCAGAGAUCCUUCUCUGCCUCCCCCAGAGAAAAUGCCUGAAGCCUAUGCAGCGAAGAUUGCUCUUUUGGGUGCUGGGCCUGCAAGUAUAAGUUGUGCUUCCUUUUUGGCUCGAUUAGGCUACUCUGAUAUCACCAUAUUUGAAAAACAAGAAUAUGUUGGUGGUUUAAGCAUUUCUGAAAUCCCUCAAUUCCGGCUGCCAUAUGAUGCAGUGAAUUUUGAGGUUGAGCUUAUGAAGGACCUUGGUGUAAAGAUAAUAUGUGGUAAAAGCCUUUCAGUGAAUGAAAUUACUCUUAGCACUUUGAAAGAAGAAGGGUACAAAGCUGCUUUCAUUGGAAUAGGUUUGCCAGACCCCAAUAAAAACCACAUCUUUCAAGACCUGACACAGGACCAGGGCUUUUACACAUCCAAAGACUUUUUGCCACUUGUAGCCAACAGCAGUAAAGCAGGAAUGUGCGCCUGUCACUCUCCAUUGCCAUCGAUACGGGGUGUCGUGAUUGUACUCGGAGCUGGAGACACUGCUUUUGACUGUGCAACAUCCGCCUUAUGUUGUGGAGCCCGCCGCGUGUUCAUCGUCUUCAGAAAAGGCUUUGUUAAUAUAAGAGCUGUCCCCGAGGAGGUGGAACUUGCUGUGGAAAAAAAGUGUGAAUUUUUGCCUUUCCUAUCCCCACGGAAGGUGAUAGUAAAAGGUGGGAGAAUUGUGGCCGUGCAGUUUGUCCGGACAGAGCAAGAUGAAACUGGAAACUGGAAUGAGCAUGAAGAUCAGGUGGUCCGUCUGAAAGCCGAUGUGGUCAUCAGUGCCUUCGGUUCGGCUCUGAGUGACCCUAAAGUAAAAGAAGCCUUGAGCCCUAUAAAAUUUAACAAAUUGGAUCUCCCAGAAAUAGAUCCAGAAACUAUGCAAACCAGUGAACCAUGGGUGUUUGCAGGUGGUGAUCUUGUCGGUGUGGCCAACACUACAGUGGAAUCAGUAAACGAUGGAAAGCAAGCUUCGUGGUACAUUCAUACAUAUAUACAGUCACAAUAUGGAGUCUCAGUUUCUGCCAAGCCUGAACUACCCCUCUUUUACACACCUAUUGAUCUGGUGGACAUUAGUGUGGAAAUGGCCGGAUUAAAGUUCACAAAUCCUUUUGGUCUUGCUAGUGCAACCCCAGCUACCAGUACAUCAAUGAUUCGAAGAGCUUUUGAAGCUGGAUGGGGUUUUGCCCUAACCAAAACUUUCUCUCUUGAUAAGGACAUAGUGACAAAUGUUUCACCCAGAAUCAUCCGGGGAACUACCGCUGGCCCCAUGUAUGGCCCUGGACAAAGCUCCUUUCUGAAUAUUGAGCUCAUCAGUGAAAAAACGGCUGCAUAUUGGUGUCAAAGUGUCACUGAACUAAAGGCUGACUUUCCAGACAAUAUUGUGAUUGCUAGCAUCAUGUGCAGUUACAACAGAAAUGACUGGAUGGAACUCUCCAAAAUGGCAGAGGCUUCUGGAGCAGAUGCCCUGGAGUUAAAUUUAUCGUGUCCACAUGGCAUGGGAGAAAGAGGAAUGGGCCUGGCCUGUGGGCAGGAUCCAGAGCUGGUGCGGAACAUCUGUCGCUGGGUUAGGCAAGCUGUUCGGGUUCCUUUUUUUGCCAAGUUGACCCCAAAUGUCACUGAUAUCGUAAGCAUCGCAAGAGCUGCAAAGGAAGGUGGUGCAGAUGGCAUUACAGCCACCAACACUGUCUCCGGUCUGAUAGGACUGAAAGCCGAUGGCACACCCUGGCCAGCAGUGGGCACUGGGAAGCGCACUACGUACGGAGGGGUAUCUGGAACAGCAAUCAGACCUAUUGCUUUGAGAGCCGUGACCGCCAUUGCUCGCGCUUUGCCUGGAUUUCCGAUUUUGGCCACUGGUGGAAUUGACUCAGCUGAGAGUGGUCUUCAGUUUCUCCACAGUGGUGCUUCCGUCCUCCAGGUAUGCAGUGCUGUACAGAAUCAGGAUUUCACUGUGAUCCAAGACUACUGCACUGGCCUCAAAGCCCUGCUUUACCUGAGAAGCAUUGAGGAAUUUCAGGACUGGGAUGGGCAGAGUCCAGCUACCGUGAGUCACCAGAAAGGGAAACCAAGUCCUCCUAUUGUUGAACUCAAAGGAAAGAAACUGCCAAGUUUUGGACCUUAUCUUGAACAGCGCAAGAAAAUCAUAGCAGAGAACAAGAUUAAACUGAAAGAACAAAAGACAGUUUUUCCACCACUUGAGAGAAAGCUUUUUAUCCCCCAAAAGCCUGUUCCUACCAUCAAGGAUGUAAUCGGCAAAGCUCUGCAGUACCUUGGAACAUAUGGUGAACUGAGCAACAUAGAGCAAGUUGUGGCUGUGAUCGAUGAAGAAAUGUGUAUCAACUGUGGUAAAUGCUACAUGACCUGUAAUGACUCUGGCUACCAGGCUAUCCAGUUUGAUCCCGAAACCCACCUGCCCACCAUUACUGACACUUGCACAGGCUGUGCUCUGUGUCUCAGCGUCUGCCCUAUUAUUGAUUGCAUCAAAAUGGCUUCCAGGACAACACCUUAUGAGCCAAGGAGAGGCUUGCCCUUGGCUGCCAAUAAUCUGGUGUGUUAAGGUGAUUUGUGAAACAGUUGCUGUGAACUUUGAGGUCACCUACAUGUGCUGAUCUUUUUAAUUGUGAUUAUUAUGUUCAGUUGUUUCUGAAUUAAAGCAAGCAAGCACCUAAUUCCUUAAACAUACACAUAUAAUUGCUAAAGAAAUUUCUAAAUUAAAAAAAGUCUACUGCCAGUGACCAUUCAAUUAAUGGUCAUAUAAUAGAAUAAUUAUUUUCUGAGGAUGGUUGGUAAAUAACUGUGUAGUGGUUAAUUGGAUGUUCACCAUCAGUUGUCCAUUGUGAAAAAUAUUAACUUUGUCUGGCAAUUAAUGCAACAGUUACCAAAUUUCCCUCUGUUGUGCUCUGUCUUUGAUUUCUAACUGUAAGCAAAAUGAAGUAUUUUUGAACAAAGUGUAAUUUAAACUACAAGAAAAUGUUUCCAAGUAAGCAUUUGAUCAUUUAAAAAUGCAUUUAAUUCUAACACUGUUUCUAAGCAAAUGUAAUUAGCCCCAUAAAGCACAAAUGAAGAAAGUUGAAUAAUGAUUUACUAUGGAAGCAAAGAAAACCAAAAAGUGUUUACCAAACUUCUUUAAGGUGCCUUUACUGAAACAGCUUCUUUUUCAAGUGCCAGAUACUGACAUGGAGAGUAUAAGUGGCCACUGAUGUCACUCUGUGCUAUGCACCACUCAUGCCUGAGAUGGGUGUCUAAACUCUACCAAUGAUACACCAUGAUAUUCUUCUUCAAAUAUUUAAACUGUGUUUCCAACAAAAUAAGCUGUUAGGAUGGAGCUCUGGUUAAAGCCAUCUUUGUGCUAUGCACAGAUCUGCUCUCUCUGCCUCUAAUAGUAACCUUCAUGAUUAUAGCAAUUAAUGUUUGAACAAAGCCCAAAUUAUACAGCCGUGGGUCAUGUGCUUCAUUAAUCAAGAAUGAAAAAUAUAGUAUUGGUAAUGUAUAUUAAAUGUGCAAAAGCAGUUUGAUUACUCUCUAUUUUAGUGUUUAUAUUCAAUAUCAAAAGUAAUGAAAUUUUAAAAAAUAUUCUGUUAUUGCCAAAUAAUAUUUUUGUAUUUCUCUAUUUUCAAAUCAGCAAAUAGCAUCAUGUGAAUUAAUGUAUCUCUUCUUUGUGACAUAUUUUUAUAUGAAUCCAUAAGUAGUAAAUCUUUAAAUAAUACCCUGUGGCAUGUUCCUGACAAAUGCAUAAUCUAGAAAAGUAAAAUGUUUGAUUAUGCACUUUUAGAAAAUCACAUUUACUACAAAAUCUGUAUAACUGAGUAAUAUCAAAUAAAAUUUCAUAAGGGAAUUUGAACAA